GUGGAUAUCCCUUUAAAUCAAACAAAAGGUAUUUUGAAGAAUCCUGGUAACCAAACAGUUGACGAUAGCCUUAAAACACUACGGCAAUCAAUACUGUCUGGUUAGUAACAUUCGUCAAUAUCUUUUGUGUUCAACAGAAGAAAGAAACAGGUUUUAUCGAUAUUUUAAGCCAAUUAUUAAUGCAUGCUCUAUCUUCUUCCCUGCAUUAGUGAAUGUCAACAUACAAAAUGAUGCCAGAAACUCCUUCCAAAACCAAACGGAGCAUAUUAUUUGCCUUGUUUGUGUUGGUAUGUUUUACAGUCUAUAUGUCUUACCUCACACCAGCGGAAUUCAAAUAUUCACCCAUAAACUUGUUCAGUUGUCCUGGCCGGAUAAAUAACAUCAGCACAAACACAUGCCUCGGUGUUCUUAAGAUGCAGAACUUCACAUGCACUGUGAAUAUCCCUGUGGAUAAACCCCCGAUGACAACAUCAAAACCCUUGACUACUGCUGAGAAAGAAGAACCAGAAACCAUUAUAUUGAUCUGGAUGUGGCCUUUUGGUGUUAGCUUUGGCUUAGGACCCUGCAGUUCGGCUUACAAUAUCCAUGGCUGUCGUUUAACAGAUGACAGAAGUCUGUAUAACCAAGCACACGGGGUUAUGAUUCAUCAUAGAGAUAUCAGAGGGGAUUUAUCCAACAUGCCAAAACUUCCACGACCUGCCUACCAGAAGUGGAUAUGGUGGAAUAUGGAGUCUCCAACUAAUUCAGCUUUACAUCCCCCGCUAAAGGAUCUGUUUAAUCUGACUUCAAGUUACCGCCGCGAUUCAGAUAUUCCUGUACCUUACGGUUGGCUCUCAGAGGCCACAGAGGAAGAGAAAAAUUACACUAUCCCGAAGAAGGAUAAAUUAGUUUGCUGGGUAGUAAGUCACUAUAAUCCAAACUUUAGGCGUUCACAAUACUUUAAUGAGUUAGUGAAAUACAUUAAUGUGGAUGCCUAUGGAGGACACUUCAACAAACCAAUGAGUAAUGAUGAUUAUAUAAAUUUGAUGCACACUUGCAAAUUCUACUUGUCGUUUGAGAAUUCCAUUCACAGAGACUACAUAACUGAGAAGGUGUUCAACCCUCUUAGGAUUGGUACCGUUCCUGUCGUUAUUGGUCCACCGAGAGAGAACUAUGAGCAGUUAAUACCAAGUGAAGCCUUCAUCCAUGUGGAUGACUUUCCAUCCCCAAAAGAACUGGCUGAUCAUCUGAAACUCAUGGACCAAAACGAGGACUUAUACAGGCAGUACUUCACCUGGAGAAAGCAUUUUAUUUCAAAGCGAACAUCAUUCGGUCUUGCCCAUGCCUGUCGGGUUUGUGACCAUAUUAAAAAGAAUAAGCACUACACAGUGGUCAAAGAUAUCAACAGCUGGUACUGGGGUUAGAGGGACAUUUAAAAUGUCAUUUUAAAUCCAUUUUUAAAUCCAAAUCCUCUCUUAAAGAGGAUGCUGACUGACCAGCAUUAGAUUCAUAAACCAUUAUAAAAUGUAUGGAAAAUUAUGUUAUUUUAUACCUAUUUGGGGCGGGCAUUAAAAUGGUUCAAAGAACAAAA